CUUCGGCUGACGUCAUCCUGACCAAAAACAGGCUCAUUGGCAAUCUCCCUACUCAUCUCUGGCACUACUAUGUGAGAUAUUGAUAGAUUGAAUCUAUUUAAUUGUUACAGACUGUGUAAAAUUACCGUGUUAAUGAAUGAAUGGAAUAAAAAUUAAUUUUUUAAAAAGUGUAUAUUAUAUACUCUUCUUUUAAAUUAUACUUUUAUAGUCAAAUAUUGAAGUAAUAAUCAGGAGAAAUGACUGCACAAUAUAAUAACCCGAUUCCAGUGCAAGAGAGUGUAGAGUUCACGUUAGAAGAUGCAUACGAUAUGAUUAAUGAUAUCAAAAAGGAACGUGAACAAGAAAUUGAAGGAUUAUUAGAUGCAGUAUCAAAUAAUGAGGUCAUUACUUUGAGAGAAACAACCACAAAUGAGGUAAUUGCAAAGAAACAACAAAUUCUCAUUGAAAGUCUGUUGAAACGCAUUCAACUGGAUGUACCCAAAGAUUAUCCAAUACCAAAUACUCCAGAUUUAUAUGCAGAUUUAAUGAGAAAAAUGGAUGAUGAAAUUCAGCACUUACAAGAACGCAUGCAUGCUAUGACAGAGCAUCUAAAGGAUAUUAAAAAAAAUAUAUCUUAUUUAGAAAGCAAAAAAAUAGGAUUACAAAACAUGAAAGAAGCAUAUUUACUUGCAAUGGAGAAUGUUGCUAGUAAAACCUACGAGGAAGAAGUCAGGGUCACUAAUAAUUUACUUAAACUUGUAAAAAAAGACUUGCACACAGUUGUGAAUACUAUUUUCCCAGACAAUGAGGAAUUUCUGGAAAUGUUAGCGUGUCUAGCAGCAGCUUAUACUAGAGGUGGUGAUGAUCUUUACAUUAACAUAUUUCCUGAAACAUUACAAUAUGCCAAGUUUCUUGUUGAAGCAGAUAUAGCAGUAUAUCACCGAAACGACAAAAGUAAAAUUAGGCUAACUGAUUUACUGUAGCAUUAACUGUAUAUAAACUCACUUUAUCUUCUAACGUAUAAUACUAAAUAAAAAAAAGGUUAUGAAAUUAGAAAA